GUUUCAGUUAGGGCAAGUAACAAUCACUGGGGAUAACAUAAUAACUUUUAAAAGCUUGAGGAGGUUACAUGUUCCGAGCUCAGUCCAAAAGGCACCAAAGUAACAUUUUCACGAAAUUGUGUAUGGAGAAGAAAAGAAACACUGAAAAUUAACCUUCUCUCUGUCAAAUACUGUAUAAGACAACCCAAUUCAACCAAGAAGUCAUCUUUUCUUUCUAAUUUUGGUAGAAAAGAAUAUGAAGAACCAGGGUAUUGCUAUUGAAACUGAAGGAGUUUUAAAAAAAAAAAAAAUCAUCACAAAAAUGACUUCUUUAUUUCAGUGCCAAAGAGUGAAAAUGGUUGAGGGUCUAUAUAGGAAUUACAAGUUUCAAGUCAAACAAUUCUUGGCUGCCUUUAUUCUGGUUAUCAUGGGUGUUGGCCAUUACGGCCUCGGUUGUUUUGUAUAUGUUGGAGUUAUGUGUAGUACAGGUAGGUAUGCUCGGUCAAGUAACGCACAGGGUGCCGGUCUCGCCUCCCCAGGUUUGUGAUAGUAAUUGAUUUGUGUAUCAGUACUUAUUGUAACUUCAGUAGUAAUCUGCCUUUUGCACUUCCUGUCCUCCUUUUUGUUUCUGGCUUAUUUUAUCAUGGCAUUCUGUUACAAGCUGGUUGCAUCAUAAGGGAAGAAAUUAUACUAAAUUCACAAGUGACUAGGUUGCUGUAUUUAAAGGUCAUUGCAUAAAUCUAGGGAUAUUUAUUCAUCUGUAGCGUAAUGUCAAACAAAUAAGGUGUUAGUGUUUUUCUGACCCCUUGAUCUAAUUUGUAAAUACAUUCAGUUAGAAGAUCAUAGUUCUUCUCAUCGUACCAGCAAAUUAUAUUUUCAAUAUUCCAGCCACAUUUAAAUCAUUCUUCUGCUUCUGAUUUGCGUAUAUGUUGUAACGUUAUUUAAGCAAUAAUAACCGUUUGCUUUGAUAAAAAACUAUAUAAGGAUUAACUAGUGCCAGAGAGAGACUAUUAUCUCUGCAACGAUCAGUAUUUUCUUAAUAGUUGGGUUAGGUGCUUAUCCAAGUUGACCAUUUAAGUUGAGUUCUUUUAUAUUUCUUUCUGUCAGCUCGUACAGUUAUUCUCUGGAGUGUAGAAAACCUAAUAUACGUGGUUUGUGAUUUUUUUCUGGACGACUUUACUCUUCUUUAAGUGUGGGAUCUCCUAUUAGCCUAUCAUCAAAGAGUCUGGUGUAACAAAUUAGUUAGAUGACCUGGAUCACCAAAUAUAAUAUUUUUAAGGGCUUGUUUGGUAUGAGGGAUAAGGAUAAAUAAUCCCGGGAUUAUAUUUGAGAUGAGUUUAUCCCAUGUUUGGUUGGGAUAAAAUCUCGGUAUAACUAAUCCUGGGAUUAGUAAUCCCGGGAUUGUAGUGUUAUUUUAUCCCUGUGGGAGCGUGGAAUAACUAAUCCCGGGAUAACUAAUCCUAGGAUAAGUUAUCCUGGGAUAACUUAUUUUCAACCAAACGACCCCUAAAAGUGUAGAAACAACCAUUGAUUCGGAUGAACAUUUCCCAUGUAUUUGUUGGGUGGUUAUAACAUAUAACUAGAACAAUGCAGAUGGAGUACCUUAUCGAUGGCCCAUUUCGGCAUGAAUAUUAUCUUAGUAUUUGCAAAUAUUGAAGUUUAAUAUUCAAAUAUUUACAAAUAUUGAACUUUUUUAUUUGAAUUUCAAAUUAAUUAUCGGAAUAAUUGUCUAAAGGUGAGCUCGUCGCACAUGGCUUGCCUAGUGCGGGUUAUCUCUCUUGUGUGGUUUGCGGGCUAUUUCACAAGAGCGGGUUUACCCUGUGCACACCCGAAGGGUAGCGGCUGCGGGUUCCCUUGUGAUUAAAAAAAAAAAAAAAAAAAAAACCUGUUUAAAGGUGUAUUUCAAGUGAAAUACUGGUCCCACAAAUCUUCAACUUCCACAGUUGUUUUUCCAACUCAAGUUCAUGUCUAUAACAAUUUCAACUUCAUAUGUUCAUCUUUGAUCAAUUUCAACUCAAAUAUUAUUCAUAUGUCUGCCUAGACCUGUUACAGAGAUCUUCUAGAUUGAACAACUAGAAAACAUGUAGUGUACUUCUUAGCAUUGCAUCCUAUCAAGCAGGUCGAAAUUCCUAUGACGUUACUAUCUGCUGCAGUAUCUGGAGCUUGGAGGCAUGUGAUAUUCUGGCCAACUUUGCUUCAACUUUCUCUUGAAGCUAUGGAACCUAUGGAGCAUAGCAGAUUUCUUUUGGUUGGCUAUAAAAUUGACCUCUUUAGGUUCAAGAAAGAACAACGCGAGCCUCCACGGCAAAGGGUGCAAAAAUGGAAGAAAAGGGGAAAGAGAACAGCACUGCUGAUAUGAGGAACCUGAACAAGCAUUGUAUGGACAUUGAAGUCAUCCCUAAACUGGAAAUGCUGGUUGAUGGUCAGCUGUGUUGUGCAGACGAAGAGCUGAUAAUUCAUUAUCUCUAUAAGAAAAUGAUAGGCCAGCCCUUUCCCAAUCAGACUAUUCAUGAAGUCGACUUCUUCUUGUACCGUCCUCAGCAGCUUUCUCAGAUGCACCUUCCAUCUCAAGCGGAAGAAUGGUACUUUCUGAGCCCAGCAAACAAAGACGGUCAAUCCAACAGCAUGAACAGUGGCGGAUAUUGGGAAUCUUGUGGAACAGAUUCCCUCAUCCACAAGGAUGGUGAGCUGAUUGGAUACAGAAAGACACUAAUCUACAUUGAGGAGAAGCAUGAGGAGGAUAGGAGCAGGACUGAGUGGCUAGUGCACGAAUACAGACUGAAUAGUACUGGUACAACUUCUGACGACAUGCAGUGGGUAGUUUGCAAGUUAUACAAGGUGAGUAACAAGUUAAUAGCAGCAGAGGAAAAGGAAGCCGCAAAAUCUGCUAGUCCAAAUGAUGGGGUAUCUAGCAAGGGCUUGACAAUUGAAGUCAGAGAGAAAGCGAGCUACACAGUUAAUGAUGAGGGGCCUAGUAAUGUUGGCGAUGAUUUACAUCCUCUGCUUGAUACUAGUCAAGUCACUGCUGCAACGCUUUACUCCUCUUCAAUACUGCUUGAUCAGUUAAUAGCAGCAGAGGAAAAGGAAGCCCCAAAAUCUGCUGGUCAAAAUGAUGGGAUAUCUAGCAAGGGCUUGACAAUAGAAGUCCCACAGAGAGCAAGCAACAUAGACAAUGACGAGGGGACUAGUAAUGUCCUUGGCGAAGAUUUACAUCCUCUGCUUGAUACUGAUCAAGUCACUACUGCAAUGCUUCACUCCUCUUCAAUGUUGCUUGAUCAAAUUUGGAGCUUUGACAAACCUCAUACAUACCCUUGGCGUCAGCAUGACCAGGGAACUGUGCUUCCUACUCCUAAGACCCAACAUGUGGAGAGAAAUACACUUACUCCUCCUACAGGUCCACACAAAGCAACAAACGAAGUGGUUGGAAAUAAGCGUCCGAUAGGUAUGCGUAAUUCACAGUCACCGCCUGCAUCUGAUGAAGGCUUCAUGAUCCGGAAUGCAAAAUCUCAGCGUCUGUGUGAUGUGGGAACUAUGCUUCCCCCUCCCCUGCCUGAAAAUGAUCAGAGAACAAUAGUUCCUACUAAAGCGAGCAGUGAUGUGGUUACUGAUACGGUCCCAAGUAACAGUCAGGGCUCUGAGAAACCUGAGUGUUCUGAAAAAAAUCUUGAUGGGCGCACUGGCAUUUUCAGCUUUGAUGGUGAGUGGCCGCUAUAUCCUGAUUUAACUGAACUUCCCCCAUAUGAUGAAUCUUUUGAGUCCUUAACUGCAGAAGUAUUGACCUUCUUUAAUCAGCCAGAUCCUGAAUAUCCAUAGGCAUAUGACAACAAGAAAGAGGCCAAUAAAUGUUAGAACCAUGUUAUGGCAGUCUGUGGUGAGAAUUACAGAUGUUUUAAUUACUUUAUACAAACUUCUGCUAGAUGAGUAAAGGUAUGAAGGCAGUAGAUUUAGGUUUCAGGACCAAAUAUUGGUGAAGGCCGUCAUGCACAAUUGUUUCAAUUUUUAUGGCAAGUACUGUCUAAUUUUAUCAAGGAAUCUGUUAGUUUUUAUUA